AUGGCUUUCCGGUUUGUUCUAGUCCUCUCUUUGGCAGUGGCGGCUGUGUCCGCUCAGUGGGAAGGAGGAUAUGGUGGUCAUGAACAUAAGGAUCAUUACGCUUACCCGAAAUACAAGUUUGAAUACGGUGUCAAGGACCACAAGACCGGGGACCACAAGAACCAGUGGGAACAUCGGGAUGGUGAUGUUGUGAAGGGCCAGUAUUCACUGCACGAACCUGAUGGUACUGAGCGUAUUGUGGAAUACUCCUCCGACAAGCACAAUGGAUUCCAGGCUCAUGUCAAGCGAGUUGGGCACGCCCACCACCCACAGGUGUACGGACAUCAUCACGACGGUGGAUACGGUGGCGGAUCGCAUGGUGGUGAGCACUGGCACGGACAUGCAAGCAGUUACGCUAAUUCGAAUCUGCUUUCACACCACCAUUAG